AUGAUUGUACGCUAAGUACACAGGACUCCUCGCAUGGCCAGUUCAGGAAGGUCACUUCUUUGUUGGGGAGUGAUCUCACGUCGUUGACGUCUACUGAGACUGAGUUUGAUUUGCUCAUGUUCUCUGACUUGAAAGUGCGCAUCUCUAUGCGGCACUCAUACUGCUCCAAAUGUCGGAACUAGCUUUCGCCAUUCUGUAAUCAGUGGUAAUUGUAGGUCACAGACGAAUGAGUCUAGAAUUUUUUAUAACUUGGAUGUCAGUGCAGAAUUGUAAAUUGUCCAGCUCAUGGCGCUGAGUGGCGAUGUCGAAUUUCACAUUCGACAGAACUACCCUUACAGUAAACUCCCAGAAGCUGUCAAGAAGGCACUAGGCACCCAGCGAGAAUGGGAGAAGUCAGUGUUCAAGUACAGCGUUCAGAACCAGCUUCGCUGGCGAGGAAAUAUUGUGCGCAGUGUACAGAAAGAUGAGAAGCGCUACUAUGAGCUGUUGAUCCAGCACAGUCGAGAGCAUCUAAUGCUCUUUCCGUAUCAUUUGUCGGAUGUGCUGAUUCGUAAGAUGCGCUUCACACCGUUCACCUACUACUUGCAAAUCAUGCAUGACAUCAUGAGUGCGGAGAAGAGCUAUGACUCGUUGCCCAACUUCACCGCUGCGGACGGUGUUCGGUUACUUGGCAUUGGCCGUAACCAGUAUAUAGAGCUGAUGAACCAGUGCCGAUCAAAGGGUAAAUUAUUUCGUCGUGGCAAGCCCAUCACCCAGCUACUACCCAGCCGACCUGUGAAGGAGCAGCGCAUUGAGAGCUGGUGGGUGGUGUUUAUCGGCUCUAUCAUGGAGGAGGAUGUCAAGAUGUGCUCCCAGGAUGAAGUGAAGGUAAUUGACUCCAUUAUCGAUGUCGGUCCACGCGUAGCUGGUCACAUGGAUCGUGAAGUCAUACUGACUCUUUACAACCGUGGUCUGAUCUACUUUGAUGUACCGCUGGAGGAUAGCGAUCACAUUCAAGUUCCUCCGCUGGAAGGCUUUGUGAUGAAUCGUGUGCAGGGCGAUUACUUUGAGACUCUUCUCUACAAGAUCUUUGUGUCUAUCGAUGAGAACACGAGCAUAGCAGAGCUAUCAUCAGUGCUGCAAAUUGACUUACAACUGGUCAAGAAUGCAGUGUCUGUGUUCAUUCGGUUGGGCUUUGCCAAGAAGCUCAGUGCUGGAGUAAGCCACGAGUCAUUGCACCCAACAUGGCGUACCUACAUGGCCGAGAGUGGAAAGAAAGUGGCGACUGGUCCAUCACUUCUGGACCCUGUUCCAGUGGCAAUUGCUGCUGACAAGGCGUCUGGAGAGUUAAUUCCUCUUAUCGACUUUGAUGGCCCCGCAGAAGGGUCAGGGUCCGUAUCCCCUACUACUACACUGCCCAAGCCAAUAACAAAAAUGAUGUCAGAUCAUGAUCCUCUGACCGGCUCUCCAUCACUGCCAGCUGCUGGGGGCAGACGAAAACGGAUUGGCUUUCUGUUUGACUCCACACUCACAGCAUUCCUGAUGAUGGGCAAUUUGUCACAGGGUCUGAAAAGCCAUGCGGUGACUAUGUUUGAAGUUGGCAAGCUGGCCAAUGAAUCCAUGACUAGCUUCCUGGCAGAGCUUGACAAGGUGGAUGAGACGAGUACAUCAGAAGGUGCCGAAGGGGAAGCCCAGCGCUAUUUCGACCACGCCAUCACGCUGCGGCAUACACUACACUUCCUGCGCUUCAACGAGCGAAUGUCCGUUGGUGAGGCCAGCGAUGGAGGAGCUGGUGUGGAUUUGCUUCGAUGCGAGAGCCUCAACAGUCUGGAUGCAGCCUCCUGUAGUCGUCUGCUCAACAAGAACUACAGUUUACUGGUUUCCAUGGCACCGCUGAGUCAUGAGAUACGCCCGGUGAGCAGCGUUCGACCCGUCCACUUUGGCCCGGUAAUUGCGGAAGUCUCCUCCGUCUGGUUCAAGCUCUGGCUCUACAAAGAGCUGAAGGCCGGACCACCGUCGUUGCUGCUGGUGCGUGGCACACGUCUGCGCCGCUUACCCACCAUCUUCCAGGCGUAUCACUACUUGAUCAUCACCACCUGGGGUCAUGAUCCCAGCGUUGUGACCGCUAGCAAUGUACUGCUGGCCCUCAAUGAUGCCUUGGCACAUUCCGCCGUCUUGCUGCAGGGAUAUGGCUCUCAGCAAGAAGGUGAUGUUAUCCAUGUGCCAUUUCCGCUUGGCGAGAAGGAGUUAUCCGAUACUCAACCUUUCAGCCGCGCUACACCAUGGUGUCACCCGGCUGUGCGCCUUGCUGCCAAGUCCAUAGAUCUGCAGCAUAGCUGUGGCUUCAUCACCAUCCUACACACUGGCCGCAAUAGGUGUGGCGCAGCUGAAGGUGUCAAGACCAGCAGUAGCCAUAGCAACAUUCAAAUAUCCAUGAUGUCACGGCAACAGUUUAUUUCGCAGCCACGCACCAUCUCCGCUCAGAGUCAGGGUUUUGGUAGUGGAGACAGUAGCCUAGUUGAAAAGUCGAUCAGUGUUGAUGAUCUGCUCUCCAUGGAUACAACUGAUUCUGGUGGCCAUACCGGCGAUGGCGGCGCCGCCCCUAGUCCUGCGGCUGUGUCAGCCGCUUCACCUGCACCACCUGCACCACCAGCAGACAAGGAGGCAGACUGGGUGCCACUCGACCUAUGUUUUGGUGUUCCGCUCUUUGACGACACCUUGAACAAACAAAUCUUGGAAAGGAUGGUAACUCAUCAGCUAUGCGCUGAUCAGAGCUUGGAGGAGCUUCUGAAGUCCAGCAGGCGUCUUUCACUCAGCCUUCUUCAUUUCAUUGGACUGAAUCAGGACUUACCAGUUGGUCAGGACAUUCACAAUGACACCACCCUGCCAAGCAGCAGCAGCAGCACCACUGUUGUUGCUGAUCACGACAUUCCACUGCCGACACGGCCGCUCAUGUUUGCUGCUGGCAAGCUGGCAGCAUACAAGCACUAGAGGAAAUUGCCACCACCACCUCUGCUGCUGCUUGCCUCUGUUGUUGCUGUUUCUGGUGGUAAUUGAGUUUUGGUCUAUUUGUAGCACACAGGAGGGGUAAGUUUGCCAUUUUCCUUUUCACCCAACUGUAUUGAUAUUGCGUGUAAAUUGCUGGCCAAUGCACCGAAGUUUGUUUUCCACUUUCAUUGCUCUGUAAUAUAGCUACCCAAGCCCCCCCCCCCAUCUAUUCAUGUUAUCACCAUCCCCUCAUUGAAAUGAUACAAGAAACAUGUACCAGGAGGGUCCAGCUUCGAUCCUCUGAUCUUCCAACCUGCUCCACCGUUGUAUAAUUCCCUGCCCCCUAAAUAGCAGUCUAUUGUGUACAUACUCGUGUUUUUUUGCUCACUUUUGCUACUGGUAUGUUGUACAUACUGCCUCGAACUGCUCGUGGUACCCAGACAUUCUUGUCCUGUCCAUCCUGCCCCUGUCCAGGGGGGGAUGUUCUGGCCUUAUAUUUUUUAAUUAUUUCUUUGUUGACAGCUCUCAUGCCCAUAUAUAGCAUAAGUUUAUUCAGAUUUUCAUUUCACCGGAAAAGUUUUUAUUCCAAAAUUUGGUCUCUCCAUGA